CUGCCAGUGCCCUCCUCUCCACCCGCCAAAAUGCAGGCCAUCGCCCGCCCCCUCGCCCGCGCCGCCCCCAGCCAGGUCCGCGCUGCCGCCGCCCUCUCGACGUGGGCCCACGUCCCCGCCGGCCCCCCGGACCCCAUUUUGGGCGUGACGGAGGCGUUCAAGGCCGACACGGAUGCUCGCAAGAUCAACCUUGGUGUCGGCGCAUACCGCGACGGCAAUGGCAAGCCUUAUGUACUCAGCAGUGUCAAGAAGGCUGAAGAGUUCUUGACCGCGCGCAACCCGGACAAGGAGUACCUGCCUAUCAGCGGUCUUACUGAAUUCACCAGCGCCGCGGCGAAGCUCGCGUACGGCGCGGACAGCAAGCCGUUGAAUGACAAGGCGAUCGCUGUUGUGCAGUCCAUUUCGGGCACAGGUGCCCUCCGCAUUGGUGGUGUGUUCUUCCAGCGGUUCUUCCCCAAUACGAAGGAGAUCUAUAUCCCGAACCCUUCGUGGGGCAACCACACUGCCGUCUUCCGUGACUCUGGUCUCGCAGUCAAGCAGUACCGGUACUUCGACAAGAAGACCGUCGGCCUUGACUUUGAGGGCAUGAAGGAGGACCUCAGGAACAUCCCCGCAAACUCCUUGGUUCUGCUGCACGCAUGUGCUCAUAACCCUACAGGCGUCGACCCGACGCUCGAGCAGUGGAAGGAGCUUUCCAACAUCAUCAAGGAGAAGGGGCUCUUCCCCUUCUUUGACAUGGCCUACCAGGGCUUUGCCUCUGGCGAUACCACGCGCGACGCGUUCGCUGUGCGACACUUCGUUGCGGAGGGCCACCAGGUUGCGCUCUCGCAGUCUUUCGCGAAGAACAUGGGUCUCUACGGUGAGCGCGUCGGAGCGUUCUCCGUGACCUGCGCGGACGAGGACGAGAGGAAGCGUGUAGAGAGCCAGCUCAAGAUCCUCAUCCGCCCUAUGUACUCGAACCCACCGUUGCACGGUGCGCGGAUCGCGAGCACGAUCCUGAACAACUCGGAGCUGUACACGGAGUGGGAGGAGGAGGUGAAGGGCAUGGCGAACCGCAUCAUCUCGAUGCGCGACCGUCUGUACGACAACCUCGUCACGCUCAAGACGCCCGGCGAGUGGGGACACAUCAAGAGCCAGAUUGGCAUGUUCAGCUUCACUGGCCUGACGACGCCGCAGACGCAGGCGUUGGCGCAGAAGGCGCACAUCUACAUGACGGCGGAUGGCCGUAUCUCGAUGGCGGGGCUGAACGCGCACAACGUCGACUACUUCUCCGAGAGCGUGAGCAAGGCGGUCAAGGGCGAGCUCUGAGUGUGUUCUGGGCUGUCUGUUGCGUGGAUUCCGUUACAUUGCUAGAUGUGGAUUGGAUGUGGUAGACAUCUGCGGUUGGACUAAUGCAUUGUCCUGUCACCUUC